UGCAUUCAGUUCUCGUUUAACAGCGCCGGCGAACGGUCAGAGAAUAGCGGAAAGAAAAGCGCCGAAGCCGUUUGCAGCUGAGCUAAGAAAACUGCCUGCGCAGCCAGGAAAAGUUUUUCCCGUGUUGUUGAAAAAUUACGCGCGCUCGCCUGCGUCGCACAUCGAUCAUUUGAUGAAAGGAAAAUUUAUAUGAAAUCCAAUUGAAUUAUCAGAUAAAGAAAAUAGAAAACAAAACAGAAUAAAUAUCAUACAAAUAUUGAGAGAAAUAAAGACAGACAAAGAGAGACGAGAGAAGUCUACCCCCCGCGCUGCCUUGCAACAGCUUGAGCCAAGCUUUGUUAUCGCGUGUUUUCAAUGUGUGUAUAUUAUAAUAUUAUUAAAUAUAAUAUAAAAAAACAGAAACAAAAUUAAUACCAAAAUAAAUGUAUUACAAAUCUGAAAUGUGCAACAUUUAGUGAGCGAAAUUUGUUGUUUUGAAAUACGCUUCAAACAAGCCUCAAGCUAAACAAAAUAAACACAAGAACAAAUUGGCGCGCAAUUGGCAAUUGCAGCCGCUGCGCCCAGCGUUGCGUUUUACAUAAAUUGCAUUCGCAUUUGCAUUUGAGUUAAGGCAUAAACAAUAAACAAAUACAAGCAAGUAAUAGACAAUAAAUUAACUAGCGCGCGCGCAGCUAAGCCAAGCGCAGCGCAGCUCAGCUCAACGCAAGUUCAGCUGCGGCACAACGUGGCGUAUGCGUAAUUUGUAUUUAAACAUCCUCCGGAACUGACUUUUGAGCCUGUGCAGGUGUCUCUUUUGAAGUGUGUGUGUGGCACGUGGCGUCUUGGCUAUUAAUUAUUGACCGUAAACAGAAAAUUUGCGAAAAUUUGUUAUUUAAAGUGCGACCGAGGCAACAGAAAUUGAAAUUGAAAUUGAAAUAGAAGCCAAGCAGUCAGUCGCUGGUGGACAGACGACGGACAGGCGUGUGGAGCAGUUGAGCCGUUGAGCAGCCGCACAAAGCAAUUGAAAAAUGCGAUUCAUAUCGACAACAAUAACACAAAAAGAGCAACAGCUAGUAGACAACGACGACUCCGCCUCCAGCAGCAGCACCACCAUCGCAUCCUCCGACACCACCGCCCGCUGCUGCUCCGGCUGCUGUUGCUGCUGCUCCUCGGUCCGGCAACAUGUCAAGCAUAAUUAAUUUUCGAUUCUGCCUGCGCCGCCGCCAAUUUCAGCCCGUCUCCAUCUCCGUCAUCGCCGUCGCCGUCGCCAACGCCGCCGCCACCUCGUCUACGUUCCUGCAAUUGUACUGAAAGUCAAGUCGAUUGCCUCCCGCCGCCAGCUGGAAGUCGAUUCUACGGCAAUAUUUCAAGAGCAGCUACAACAACAACAACAGCAACAACGAGAACGACAGCAACUGCUACUGGGAAUACAAAAAAAAAAAAAAACACACACACACACAUAAGAACAACAGCAACAACACCUACAACGAGAUUUGUUUUCUAGCUACACAAAUUUGAUGCAAAUUUCUGUGAACUUGCGCCAACAAAUUGCGAAAAUGUGUUGCAAAUCUAACGCCAUGUGGAAAUCUCUAACGUCAUCGAGUGACCAGCAACAGCAACAACAACCAGUGACGACAACAACAACAACCACACAGUUCACACAAUGUCAUGGUCAGAGCCAAAGGCACAAAUGCAGCAACAACAACAACAACUACAAGAGCCAGCCGCAUUUUCUGGUCCGAAUUUGUACCCUCGUCUUUAUGGUGAUGAUUGCCCUGAAUCAAUUGGAAACUGCAGCAGCCGGAUUUCGAGAGGGCCUUUCGGGCAUUAUGGAAUCCUGUGCCAACGAAGGCGAAGAGGUGCAAAUCAAAGGCAUACAGAACGCCAAAUGCUUCAAGUGCACUUGCCAGAAUGGCUUUGUGAACUGCGACAAGAGCUGCCCCUCAAUUGAUGAUUGCUAUUUGCUCGACUCCAAAUCGUCCAACGACACCUGCUGUCGCAAGUGCAAAGGCUGCAUAUAUCGCGGAGUGCCCUAUGCGAGCGGCGCUGAAUGGAGCGACCCGGAUGAACCCUGCAAGACGUACAAGUGCAUCGCCAGUGUUGUCACCGAAACAACACAGAAAUGUUACUCACAGUGCGACGAUAAUCAGUUGACAGCGCCACGCCCCGGCGAAUGCUGUCCAACAUGUCAGGGUUGCAAGAUCAAUGGCCAGACCGUUGCCGAAGGCCAAGAGGUUGUCGCCUCGAUCGACGAUCGCUGCUUGGUCUGCCAAUGCAGCGGCAACAAGCUGAGCUGUGCCAAAAAGACUUGCCCCAUACUCCAGUGCCCCAAAACGAAGCAGAAGCAGCUGCCCAACGAGUGCUGCCCACGCUGCACCGAACAGCGCGAAUUUGUGGCAGUCAAAGGCAAGUGCAUAUUCAACAAUAAGCUGUACUACGACAAGACGCAGUUUACGCCGGAUCGCUGCACUAAUUGCACCUGCCUGAACGGCACAUCGAUUUGCCAGCGUGCCACAUGCCCCAUACUGGAGUGUGCACCGGAGUUCCAGGAGGAGGACGGCUGCUGUCCGCGCUGCAUUGUGGCCGAGGUGCGCAGCGAGUGCACCGCCCAGGGCGUCACCUACAUGAACAACGAGACCUGGAACAUGGGACCCUGCCGCAGCUGCCGCUGCAUUGGCGGCAACAUCCGCUGCUCGGAGAUGCGCUGCCAGCCGGUCAAGUGUCGACCCAACGAGGAACUGAAAGUGCCCGCCGGCGAGUGCUGUCCCAAGUGCCUCGAAACUGCCGGCACUUGCACGGUCUUCGGCGACCCGCACUUCAAGACCUUCGACGGCAAAUUCUUCAGCUUCCAAGGCAGUUGCAAGUAUUUGCUGGCCGCUGAUUGCUACGGUCACAACUUCUCCAUACGGCUGACUAACGAUGGGCGUGGCACGCGGCGCUCGUCCUGGCCCAAGACAGUGACGCUCAAGCUGCGCGGACUGCGCAUCAAUCUCGGCCAGAAGCUGAGAGUCAAAGUGAACGGCACGCGGGUCACGCUGCCCUAUGCAGACCACAGCAGCAGCAGCAGCGAGAAUGGCCAUGGCCACAAUGUGAGCAUCGAGCGCCUGGCGGAGGGUGGCAUUAUGCUGAGGACGGAGCUGGGACUGAGCAUCGAGUGGGAUGGCAACAACUUUCUGCAGGUGUCGGUGCCGGCACAGUACAAGCGCCACCUGUGCGGGCUGUGCGGCAACUACAAUGGCAGCGGGCGGGACGAUCUGACGGGCAGGGAUGGGCACUCACACAGCGACGAUGAGGUGUGGCACUUUGCCAACUCAUGGAAGGUGGGCGGACCGAAGUCGUGCUCCAGGCUAAGGGAUAAUAUCGUGGCACAGCCGACGUGCAACAAGCGUAAGCCCAACUUCUAUUGCCGGCCGCUGCGCAUCUCGGAAGUAUUUGGAAACUGUGAUAGUAGACUUAAUCCCACGAACUACAUCGACUCCUGCCGCAUGGACGUCUGCGAGUGCCCCACGGGCAGCUGCCACUGCGACAGCUUUGCUGCCUAUGCCCACGAGUGCCGCCGCCUCGGCGUCCAGCUGCCCGACUGGCGUACUGCGACCAAUUGCCCCCUGGGCAGCUGGCGGCGCAACGCCACCGAUGCCAACUAUCGCGGCAACAGCUUCUACGGGGAUCCGAGUUUACUCACUGGAGGCGCCGGUGCUGGCGGUGCGUACAAGGCGCGACGCCGCAAGCAACAACAGCACCGACUACAGCAGCAGCAGCGGCGACGACAGCAGAACGAGCUGCAGGAAAAUGAAUACAUCAAGAAACAUGUACCCAAUAAAUUUUUAAGGCCGCGUGCGCCGGCUCGCACGCCGCCGCCCAUACACUAAGCACUGAGCAUGGAUUUCAUUAUAAUUUAGUUGCUAAACUCUCACACACUCACACUCACACACACAAAUUCUCAAGCAGGCUAAAAACAUUACCAUGAAAUGCCAAUAACACGAGCUGCAGCAAAAUAAUAAAAAGCUUUCGCCAAGCUUUGAGCUAGCUUAUCAACUGAGCUUGCUUUUGUCGCUAUCCCAGCCAAGCUUAAGCUUUCAGCCAGUGUCAUUGGGCAGUUCGUUAGCAUGGUUAGAAGCAAAGUUCCAGAUACGACAUUUGAUUUGUAUGUACUCUUAGUUGAAUCGCGUAUACGCACCCAUGACAGCACCAGUAUUAAGCUAAGCAUUAUCAUCCACCCCAGGUCCGACAUCCGCGACAAUCUCUCUGGUGUUAUAUACAUACUCUGUUAGCGAACCAUCUCAUGCUUGCCGCCUGAUCCAUACAUUCAUCAAAUGCAUUCGUUGUCGCCAUUUUGUUUAGUUCGAUAAGUUUUAUUUAUUUUAGUUGAUAAGUUCUAAAGAAAUUUUAUAGAGUCCGGCCUAAGUACUACUUGAGAGUAUGUUAUGUGUCUGUUACUCUAUGGUUUUUUAAUGUAUUUGUAUGUGUGUAUUAUCGCUUAAAUAAACUUCAUACUACUCGAUUACUUAACUCGAUAACGAUAACUUAGUGUACUUAUACUAUAUAUACAUAUAUAAUAAACUAUUUACUAUUCGUAAUGUUAGUUAAAUAAAUUUUAGUUUUGCUUAAAAUUUAAGCUUUAAACAUUUAUGAAAAUUGCACAAACAGUAUUUUUGCUUAGUUUAAAUCUCACUUUAAUCUUGCAAAAUUUGCUACCGGAAGAAAAUCUCUCCAACUAUACUUAACUCUUCCCUCUCUCCCUACAACUCUCUUUCCCUUUCUCUCUAUUCCUCAUUCUAUAUAAAUAUAUAUAUUACUAACUCAAAUCUAAAACUUUAUACUAUUCCGUUUAUGUCCAUAGAAAA